ACCAUAAACAGAUUGUGAAGAGAAACCCACAGCUAGGAAAGUAAAGACAAAAAGGUGUUCUCUGCUCACCCACUGCUCCUGGAAAGGAGGGGCUAGUUAGCAAGAUAAAGUGUUGUGUGUGUUAAAUGAAUUAACAUUUCUUCAAGCAGCAUAUCCUGGAUGCAGAAGGAACUGAGCCAUAUUUGUGGCAGAAACGGAUCUUAAAAUCCAGACCACUUGGUAGACUUUGCACCAUGUGCAGAACUCAGGCCUUUGUAUUCUUCCUUCUCCUAGGACUGAACCUCCCAAAAGCAAAAGGCAACUGUGAAUUUCUAGAGCCUGAAAUGCACUGUGUUUGUUCACUGCAAGAUCAGUCACAAUUAAAAGACUUCAUGAAUUGCCUCCCAGCCACCACAUAUGAGCUACAAGGAGGAAACCUGUUACAAUUCCAACUCUUUUCUGAAACGAAGGCAACCCCAGAGUUUAUUGACAUUCUGCAAGCCCUACAAGUACACAAGCUCAUCUUUACAGACCUCCUUAUACCAGAGAUUCUCUUGCCAGGAGCCUUGGAAAUUGUUUCCUACACUUCUCUGGUUUCCAAACUUGAAUUUGUAAACUGCACUUUUCUUAGAACUGCCCCCUGGCGCAACAAAGGUAGGUUGGACUUGAAGGUUUCGUCUUUGCGCUUCCACAAAGUUACUGCUCCCCCCCUGGAUGAUCUGCUUGACACAUCUGACCUAAGAGGGUGGCUGGAGACCUUGGACAAUCUGACCAUUACAGAGUCGCAAGUCACAUAUGUCCCAUGCAAAAUUGGCACAGUGUUCACAGCAUUGGGUUUUCUGGAUAUUUCGGGAAACCAUUUCCAGGACCACAGCAUGAAGUCGUCAUUCUGUAAAGGGGCUUUCCCACAGCUCAAGAUAUUAAAACUGCACCACAACAACCUGACCUCUUAUGAGAUAGUAUGCGACACUGUUAGUCAUCUCAGCAUGCUCACACACUUAGACCUAAGUCAGAACGACUUCCUGCCUGGAAACUCCUCCUCCCGUUGCAUGUGGCCACCAUCACUUCGUAUUUUUAAUUUAUCCAACACAGGUUUAGAACACAUGCACAGAUUUCUGCCGCCCAAUGUUGAAAUAUUAGAUCUGAGUGCCAAUAAUAUGUUUACUCUUGACCUCUCGUUACCUGGCUUAAAAGAACUCUACCUGUCCAAAAACAGGCUGCAGAAAGUCCCCUCCAUCGAUAGACUUCCUAGUUUGGAGGUUCUCAGUUUAGAUCAAAACCAGAUCUCACAGCUUCCAAGCAAGGACAUGCAGCGUCUGAAGCAUCUACAGAGCUUGAAAGCUGGACACAAUCUCUAUAAUUGUUCUUGUAGCAAUUAUAUCAGCGAAAUCCAGGAACUGGCAGCCAAAACGUCAUUGCUGCCUGAUUGGCCUCAGGACUAUAUAUGCAAGUCUCCUCCUCAUUACGAGGAUUACCUGGUAAAAGAUGUGCCUCUUCCAUCACUGAAGUGUAACAAGGCUCAAAUCAGUCAUGGGUCAAUAGUCAGUUUGCUGACAUGUGUUUACCUGGUUCUUGGUUUGCUUCCAAUGUAGUCAUUUCCACAUAUUUCCUCGGACCAAUUCUAAGUGUUGG